GCAAUUAAGUUAAUAAAAUGUGCCCCAACUCCAACAAUUUAAUUUAAUUUUCUGAUUACAAUCUGACUAUUCAGGUAAUCAGUUUGAUGAUUACAGUUUGUUAAAUUGUGAAACAAUAAAAGUGAAAUCAUAUUGGAUUAAAAUUGAUUGAUUUGUGUAUUUAAUUAGAUUUAAAUUCACUAAAUCCAAGUUGGAUUUACUUUUUUUUUUGACUUUUUAAAUUGUUGUUGAUUAAUUUACACCAAAGGGAUUAUUGUGAAUUGUUUGUUUAAUUGUCACAGGAAAAUGUUCACCAUUAAGAUUUUUGUUACCCUUUUGUUAAUUCAAUCAUUACAAUUAACUUUUGCUCAACAGGAUGAUGAUUUAGGUUCGAUUGAAUCUCUACCAAGAUUUGAAGCACGACGACAAUCAGCUUUAAACGAUAAUAAUAAUAAAGAAGAUUUUGAAUACGAUGACGAUGACGGUUCUUCCCGUGGUCCAGUCAAUCCAUUGCCCGCACGAACAGGUCGAAAUGACGAUAGUAAUGAGGACGAUUUCGAUGAAAAUCAAGCACCUCAACGAGAAGAUAAUGGAUCACCAGCGGCUAAUGUUGGUUCCAAUUCUGGACCUGGUUCGGUAAAAGGUCAAGUUUCACCUUCAUCUUCAGGUAGAUUGGGAUUACCUCGAUUCCCUGGUCAACAGAUUAAUUCAUUUGUAGCUCCACUUCCCGUUCAACCCGUUCAGCCUGUUGUUGUUGCCCCAGUUCGACCUACUGUUGUCCCUGUCUCGAUUUCUUCUCCAUCGACUCCAAUCACUGUUGUCGGUAAGACAAAUCUCGGUGCAGGUUCUCAGAGUCCUAUUUCAUUCCCUCGAUUUAUCCGACCAAAUGAUCCAACCAAAAGCGUCCGAGUUGUUACUCGAGUUGUUCGACCUGGUCCAAUUGCCGUUGAUCAAUCAGCUUCCCUUCCAUCAGGACUCGAUGGUCAAACAAAAUCAGCGCAAGUUAAUCCAACAGUAACUCGAGUGAUUCGUCCUGUUCUAGUAUCAAGACAACCCGCUUUCGUUCCCACUCCCGUUUUCCAACCUGUACUCCAACCAGUUGCUCCAGGACCCGUUUCCGUUGCUACACCAAUCACUUCAGGAUCCAAUGGUCCAAAUGUUAUCGUUUCUGGGGGAGUUAAGAGCGUCCCAGUUCUCGCUAAUUCUAAAGUUCAACCUCCUCGACUUCGAGUAGUCACAACUCGAAGACCAACAACUCCAAUCGCACCAGAAGAUAAUGAUGAAGAUGCUUCAGCCGAUUCUCGUCCAGCUCCAGGUCAAAUCUCUGGAGUUAAAACCAUCGCUUCUGCUAAUCCAGUUCCUUUGGUACCACUUUCUCAAUUCGGACCAGGUCGACCUUUUGUUCAACCAGCUCGACAACCAUCUAGAUUAGAGGUCAUUUAUGCCGAUGAAAAAUUAAACACUCAAGAUGAAGAUGAAGAUGAAGAAGAUGCAAAUGCCGCUGGAUUGUCUCAGUCAAAUAUCGUUAAAUUUAAUCGUCCAUUAGCCCCAAUCCCAGUUCGAGCUGUUCCCCAGCCUUAUUUGGCUCCAAUUGGCCUCCAAGGACCCCGACCACUUCAACCAACACCCAAUGGCGUUUUCUUUCAACCUUCAGCUCGACCAACACUCGUACCAAGUGGUAAAACCAACGGAUUCAGAUCAAAUUUCAAUGUUCGACCUCAACCAGUUCCUGUAGCUCCAACUUUGGUACCUGUUGCUCCCGUUCAACCAAAUCCAGCUCCAGUUUUGAUUAACUCUGGUUCAGCAUUUGGCUCACAACCAACUGCCCAAUCACAAUCACAGUUACGUCGUCCUCAAAUCUCAGACAGUCUUGCCUCUGAUGUUUCUGGAGUCAAAGGAUCAGGAGUCGCAAGUGGAUCUCGACCAUCCGUUGUUCGACCAGUUCUUGUUCGAACUCCGGCCCCAACAACUCGACCUUUGGUUCAAAUCCGAGAAGAACCUCUUCCAACUUUCCAACAAAUUGAUCUUAUUCGAACCCAACCUGCUGCUCGACCACUUACAACUUUCCAAGGCCAAGCAAAAGCACUACCAUCAGUCAGUGGCCAAGUCGUUUCACGACCUACAGUCCAACCAAUUGUCCAAUUACGAGACGGUGCUUCUGGUGUUGAAUCCACUCCAUCUCCUCCUCGACCAAUUCAAAUCGUUCGAGUGACCCCAGCACCCACAUCCCGACCAAUCACUCAAAUAAAUCAAGAUCGAGAAUCAGCACUUCCAAGUGUUCAACCAGUUCAAAUCUCGCAACCACGAUUAGUUCCAGUUUCUCCCGUUUCCCAGCAACAAGUUGUCCAAAUCUCUGAACCAGCUCGACCCUUCACUCAAGUUCGGGAUUCAGGUUUACCAUUUUUCCAACCCCUUGACCCAGCCCUUCGUCCUGCUAUUCCCUCUAUUCAAUUUACAAACCAAGCUCAAGAAUCAGUCGCUCCAAGAGAAACCUUUCCACGACAACCCGUUCGACCUGUACAAGUAAUUCAACCUCAACAACAACAAUUUGUCCAAGAAAAUCGAGUCCAACAACCAUCAAUCGCCGAUACAGUUCAACUUAAAGAAUCAGCGAUUCCAAUCACUUCUUCUCAAAGUAACUUAGGUGGUCAAAGACCAUCACGACCUCAACCAGUCCAAAAUGUUUUCACAUCCUCCCAAGAACAAGCACCAGCUCCAGCACCUCAAUCAUUUGAAAUCUUGAGACUUCGAGAGCCAAGUCUCCCUCAAUUCCCACUAGCACCAAGACAACCACAGCCUCUCGUUCAAGUUAGACCUCGACUCGUUCCAGCGGCACUUCCAGUCCAAUCUGUUCAAUCAAAUCUUCCCGUUGCUCGACCAAAUUUAGUUCAAGUUUCUCAGCAAAGAGAACCCAUUGCUCUCAAUCAACCAUUGGCACCAACUCCAGUUUUAAUUCAACCACAAGCACCACAACAACAACGAAUCGUAUCAUUCCCAUCAAUCCAACAAGUCCAAGCUAAUGCCGUCCCUGUUGCUCCAGUCACCAAUGGUCAAUUCAUUCAACCAUUGGUCAGACAAACCGGACCCUCAUUCCCCAGAUUAAUUGCCCCACUUCCCUUACCUCAACCAGGACGCGAAUCUCAAUCACUUGGUCAACCAAUUACUGUCCAAAAUCGUGUAUCUCAACCAAAUGUUUUAGUCCAACAACAACAACAAAGACCAACAAUCGUCCUCUCUCAACCUCAGCCCAGUCCAUUGAUUGUCCAACGACAACGUCCCGUAGCCCCGGUUGUCCCAGUUGCCCCACUUUCCGUUCAAAGUGGUUUGAGUCAAUCUGACCAACAACAAUUAGUACAAAUUCGUGAAAAAGUAUCAUCAGCUCCCGAUCAAUUUUCUCAAAUUGAACAAGUCCGUUUAGCUCGAGCUUAAAAGACUAAUCAACUAAUCCAAUUACAAUCAAAUUAAUCAACUCUGUUUUCUUGUUAUACUCUUUCCAUGUCUAAAUUGUAGUCAUUUUAUUUUUCGUAACUUUCAUAACAAUCUCUCUGUUAGAUGUUGAUGUUAAAUCCGAUGUACUAAUUGUAAUUGCAGCCCAAUAAUUAAAGAAAUCAAAUUCACAAACAAUAAUUAAAACAAA